AUGGGGGCAUGUGCGUUUAGAGAACGCCCUUGCUGGAUUCAUGACAAUUUUGAGCCUGUAAGUCGUGAUUUCGCCGCGGAAGUAAGCCGAGAAUUACGACGACAUGCCCCCAAUGAUGCCGUCUCAUUCCACUCAAGGAACAACCCGCCAAUCUCCCCCUUAUUGCGCAACUGGCUUCAAAACUGCAUUAAAAAUCACCCCGAGUGCAAUCAACGACCAAAGUUUUGGCCGAAGAGGGUGAUCUACGUUGGGCGAGGUGGGGGCGAGGACUACCUUGUGCUCUCGCACUGCUGGGGCCGCCCAACGGCAGAAGAGAAGAAGCAGUUCUGCACUACCAGCGAAAACUACGGACCUCGAAAACGGGGCUUCAGCUACGGCGAGCUGCCGAAGACAUUUCAAGACGCAGUUCAGGUGACUCGAGCGUUGCAGAAGCAGUACUUCUGGAUCGACGCUCUCUGUAUCAUACAGGAGGGACCCGACUGCGACUGGGAGAGCGAAGCUAAGGUCAUGGCAGAUAUCUUUGCCGGCGCCUACUGCACCAUUGCCGCGAGUUCAGCAACUGGCUGGGGAGAUGGGUUCCUGGAGUUACAGUCGGAUCCUCCGGACAUUGGAGCACAAGGCACUCCAAGCACACCGACUGGGUGUACGUGUGAUUUCGCCAAAGAUGUAGAUGAGGGUGCCCUUAUGAAGAGGGCUUGGGUAUUACAGGAACGGGUGCUUUCCCGUCGGAUCAUCCAUUUUACCGCGGCGCACACAUACUGCGAGUGUGGAGACGGAGUGCUGUGUGAACAGCUGACAAAACUGACCCCGCCAUAUGGGAAACAAUACUUCAUCCUCGAUCCCAGCUUUCCGAGUAGACUCCGCGAGAGCGGGUAUGUACGAACCGUCGAGUUCGUCCAAUUCCUCUUUGAGAGAUAUUCAACAUCCGGCCUUAGCUGUGCAACCGACAGGGAUGUUGCGAUUCACAGCCUGGUCAAGCAUAUGGGACAAGUACUAGGGACUGACGGCAGAUACGGCAUCUUCCGUUGCUUCUUUGGUCACCUUCUCCUGUGGAGGCGAACUCCUGAGAACAAGACACCCCAAAUCGACUACAAGAGAUUUGUACCGUCGUGGUCUUGGAUGGCAUAUCCCGGAGGCAUCAGUUUUAUCUGCGAAGCGAGGAGGCGUCUAAAGGUUGCCCGCCUCAAGGACCUUAACUUUACCGACGAGGGAAAGGCGCUAAACGUCCAAGUGAGGAAGUUUGGUGGAAAUUGCCGGAUGGAAGACAAAGGGGAAAUACAUGCUAUUGUCCACAGCACGGAGCAAGUAGGCUCUUUAUGGUUUGAUACAGCAGAUCAGCCACGGCUCGAAGAUUGUAACUGUGUUGUUGUUAGCAUGCUUCAGGACGAGAAGGAAGACGCUUGGAAGACUUACCACGUUCUUGUUAUUCAGGAGAAAGCAGGGGGCGGGGGAUACAAAAGGCUAGGUGUUGCAGAGGUGCAGGCACAGUAUGUCUCCAGCGAUUGCGUUGCCGGCACACUUCGGUGAGGUUCUUCUUUCUUUCGCCUUGACAUUUCCUAACGAGACCACGAUGAAUCGAGUUCGUCCUAGUUGAGAAAUUUCAGUUUGUUCAUAAUUUCUACCUUCGUACGUAAGUGAAGCUAUCAAACCAAAGAAAGAGCCGGUCCUCGAUAUUUUAGAUCAUACAGAAAGCACAAGAAAAAGAUGGACGCCAAUCAGAACGGUAACCAAAAUCCAACACACCUUUUCAAAGAUAUCCGCCCGUGGCUGCUGGAGAAGGAGCCGAACAAGCCAGCCAUUGCGUGCCCAGUAUGUAUCGAGCAAAUCAACCCAGGCCAGCACUGGGAAGAGACGGACAACAG